UGGGCCCACCUGCUCAGGCUCCAGCUACGCAGCUCAGCUGCUCCUGCAUUGGCAUUUGGCAAUUGGCGCACAAAAGGCGGCCACUAUGAGGACCUGUGCAGGCUGCAAAGCCACUGAGUAUGCCAAGGAGCGAGACUUUCAGCGCUGUGGGCGGUGCAAGGUGCCGUUCUAUUGCAGCAAGGAGUGCCAGAGAGCUGACUGGCAGGUUCACAGGAAGAUAUGCAAGGAACUGAAGCAGAGAAAAGAAGCUGGGGAAGUCAAGAAAUGUGGCCUUUGUGGAAAUCGAGAGAGGCCGCUAACGAAGACGAAAUGCUGCAAUCACUGGAUUUGUGACGACGCUCGAGAGUAUCAGCUCUUCUCAUACGACAAAAACUGCUGCUACAGGAAUCACAAGAGGUACACCUUGUGCGCCUCGCACCAUGAUGAGGGCCACGGAGGGGAUUGGAGGACCUGCCAAACGUGCAAGGACUACUUCCAAGAUCCUUGGGAGUGGUGGUGGCGUGGCCGAAACUUCGACGACUUUCGAUCGCAGUACAACUUCGAAGUGCUUCCGGACACGAUCCCCAAGCCCCCAAUGCCGAGGUGUUCGGAUUGCAAUAGAGGGAUCGACACGCGGCUGGAAGCGCACUCGCUGGGUAGAACAGGCAUUCUGUGCACGGGUUGCGUGGAUCAUGGCAGCACGCCUCCGUUGACUUACAGAAUGGACGGGCAUUAAGGUUAGCUAUGUUGCAAGCAAGGAGUUGUGAUCAGCGUUUCUGGACGGGCUUUCGACUGUCAAUGAUGAAUAUACGGGGCUGCCAUGUUAUCAUGGUCAACAGCGCGCUGAGUGCUUAAGUUACGCUUAUUGUCUGAACCAGACCAAGACCGGUGUAUCGUGCAUAUUGGACAUGCCGAAGCUGCACGUGU